GCUCCGCUCAGCUGAUCGUUGUCUCGUAAAGUAAAAACCGCCGGGUUAUUUAAUCAUAUUGUUGAUUAUUUUUUAUAAUGGAUAUUCAAGUGUAGGAAUAUUAUACUUCAUUCUUGUUAUACUUUAAUGGAUAUUUAUUAGUAAUGCUGCGCAAACUUACUACAUUGUUUAGAGGACAAUUAAAAUAUAAUGGUAAUUCAUUUCAAAUCGUACCACCCGCAUGGUUAUCAGAAUCUAGUAAAGCAUUUUAUUGUACAAAAAGUGAGAACGAAAACCGGAGACAAAAUGAUGGCAAUGCAAGUGGGAAUAAAGAAAGGAGUAAAAUACGAAGACCACCACUUCCUGCAGUUCAAAAUCCUUUUGCCAAUGUGACAAAUAAAACCAAAGAAUCGUAUCUAGCAAUGUUGGAAAUUUUCGAAGAGCGUGACGUCCAUCGUCGCAAUCAUGUCGAGUUUAUUUAUGCUGCCCUCCGCAACAUGGCAGAAUUUGGUGUGGAGCACGAUAUAGAAGUGUACAAAGCUUUAAUUAACGUAAUGCCGAAAGGAAAGUUUAUUCCGAGCAACGUUUUUCAAGCCGAAUUCAUGCAUUACCCCAAACAACAACAGUGUAUAAUAGAUUUGCUAGAACAAAUGGAGGAUCUAGGUGUAAUGCCCGAUUAUGAAAUGGAAGCUAUGUUGUUGAAUGUAUUCGGGCGACGUGGACAUCCUUUACGUAAGUAUUGGAGAAUGAUGUAUUGGAUGCCAAAGUUUAAAAACUUAUCACCAUGGCCUCUGCCAAACCCUAUACCUGAUGAUAUACUGAAUAUCGCUCAAUUGGCCAUAGAACGCAUGUGUACAGUCGAUUUGCGUUCUAGAAUUUCUGUAUAUGAAACAAAAAAUGUCAAAGAUUCCAUUGAUGAUACGUGGAUUGUAAGCGGAAUGAGUCCAGAGCAGUCACAACUAUUACGUGAUCAUCCUCGCGAUAAAGCAGUUUAUAUUGAAGGUCCCUUUUUGAUUUGGUUAAGAAAUCGCUCAAUUAAUUACUUUACUUUACGAGCUGAUCCAGAUCCAAAAUUUCUACAAAGUCUGCAAGAAGAACAAGAAGAUCAGGAUGAUGUUUCACGGAUAAGUGCACCGUUCUUCGGCGCAGCAAUGCCCCGACCCAAAAAUGCAGUUGGUAAAAACCGUUCAGUACACCAACAAGAGGAUGGUACAAUUUUUGCAAUUUGUGCAACUGGUACAUCAACUAAGGACUCAUUACUGUCUUGGAUAAGAUCGUUAGAGUCCAACGGAAAUCCGACCUUGGGUGAAAUACCAGUGCUAUUUCGAUUUACAUCUGCUGUAGCAGCGAAAGCAAUUGAAAUUGAAAGUCAAACGAGUUCCGAUAAUCUACAAACGAAUCCUAGUUCCAAGAAUAACGAUUGAUAUUUAAUGUAAUUGAUAUCGUACGAUAUAUGAAAUCAAUAUUUCAUUAUAAUAAAAAUGUACAUUAAUUAGGGUA